AUGGGGUGUUGUGGCGGAGAAAGAGAGAAGUUUGGCAACUUGAGGGCCGAACAGAAAUGGGACUACAUUAAUCUUGACGAUUUCAAAUCCUCGUCGUGCUGGACACCCUUCGCCUAUGGCUACCUCAUGGUUAUGCUUAUCGUCUCGUUAUCUGUCUACGCCGUCGACACCUUUACGGCAAUCAACCUUCUCGCCUUCGACAAAUGGGCCGGCCAGAUCAAGCCCGAGAUCCCGUUGAACGUCUCACGAUGGAUCUUUGCUGGCUGUAUCAUUCUGUCGUUCAUUCUACUCGUCUAUCGAUGGGUGAGGGCGAUUCGGGUCAUGCGCCAAGGAGGGGUGGCUAAAAGCUAUCUGGACCCUUUGGCUGUCCGCGUACAAUCCAUCCGGUGGGGAAAGGCAAGAGGGUGGAAACGAUUUCUAGUUUUCGCCGAGUUGACCAAGAGUCGGAAGGGCGCUGACUACGUUGCCCUGUUCACUUAUUUCUCUUUCGAGGCUUGGCUUAGGAUCGUCUUCGCCGAAGGACCGCGACAGGUCGUGAACGCUAUCACCUUGUACUCAGUUCUGAGACUGAAACUGGUCCCAGAGGGCGAACAUGCACCUUCGGAUGGCCACUCACCAGUGGUACAAUUUUUUGUCAACGUGGGAAUCUUGGCCGAUUCCAACCAUCUGCAGGCCGUUAUCCUCUUCGGCAUGUUAUGGACCCUUGUGAUCUGGGUCAUCUCGGUCAUCAGUCUGAUCAUCUCGGUCGUCCUAUAUCUCGUCUUUCUCUGGCAUCACAUUCCGACUGAGGAUGGAGGUCUGACAGGGUACUGCCGUAACAAGAUCAACAAGAGGAUGGAGAGAGUCGUGAGGAUUAAGGUUGACAAAGCACUGAAGAAAGAAAAUGCCCUUCGUGCGCGGGAAGAGGCCCGAGCUGGCCGUGAAGGAACAUUGUCGGACAUGAAGAAGCAACCCACCCUUCCCGACCUUGGCGAAGUUGGCUCCCUUCCAACUUUGUCGAGGACGACGACGAUGACCACACUUCCGGAGUACACAUCGCGUCCAGCCACAAGCAGGAACAGUGACGAUCCCGUUCCCACUCUGCCGACUUUGCCUAGCAUUGCACCACGCCCGCCUAUGCCGUCACGGACUGUGACACAUGGAUCUGCAGCAUCCUGGUCAAGCUACAAAUCAGAUGCGCCCUUAAUGGGCAACGCAGAAGAGAUGGGUUUAACACCAGAUCGAGUCCAAACGCCCGGGUCCGAAUUCAACGGCGGUUGGUAUGGAAGACCGGCAAAUCGGAGUGUCACGAACCUGUCACAACCACCUCUCCGCUCUUUCAGUCCCGCCCUUCCUCGGCCAGGGACGGCGCAGGGAGACAGGAACGGCCCUGGAUCGUAUCAGAUGGACCCUCUUCCACGUCCGGGUACGAGUAACUCCAAUAGUGGACGCUUCAGACAGCCGUCCGACAAGAACAGCGCUCUCCCAUACCCAGUGGAUCGAAGUUUGACCCCCUCCGAUGAGCAGCCAUCACGGGCAGGACCAAUUCUUGAUAGUCCGAUCGACGGAGCUGGCCGUCGCACCCCAGCUGUCGCAGUCGGCCCGACGUUCCCACGCAUUUCUGAAGAACAAGGCCGAAUGUCACCGCUACCCGGACCGCAAUUUCGCUCACAAACUCCCACCCAAAGACCUCCGGAAAGAUCAUUCACACCCGCAGGUGUGCCUCCUGCGAGGUCAAUAACCCCGAGUGGCGGUCCCACUUUACCACGAUUACAAACUUCACAGUCUUCUGGCUACAUUCCAUACGCUGCAGGACGAUCGAUGACACCGGCAUCGUCCUCAAUCCCCCCAAGUGCUACUAUUCGUAGCGUCACCGAGCCCGUGAGAUCAUAUACACCUUUUGGACAACAACCACAAGGUCUUCCAAAUGGCCCACGAGGAGGCCCAGUACCAUACAGACGGGAGAGUCGGGACACGGACGACAUCCUGGAUCAUUACUGA